AUGAAGCUAUUGUUUCUCAUCUUGCUAUUUGCACCAGUCGCGCUGGCCGAUGACUGGGAGGACUUUACGAAUAAUCUUGCGACCGAUCUCGCUCCUUUAAUCACUCUUUUUGGAGAACAAUUGACGAAGCAGUUCCUGUCCGAGUCUAUCAGCUACCUAGAUAACAUUAUAUUCGCCCUUUCACCUCUGGGGGCGGAAUUAUUCAACGACGGCGGCAUAUCGCGUGUUUUUGGUAGACCCAAGAUUUUGGAAAUCGUUGCUGUGGAAGAGAAAGAUUCUGCAACGGGAGAGUCGUCUGUUGAACUCCAGACUUUGCGCGGCGUACUGGGAUCAGAUGCCUGGAAAAUCAAGGGGUCGAGCCAAAAUACUCAUCCUGAUGACCUAUUGGAAGGACCAGAGCUCGACACUCCAAAUUUAUCGCUGAACAAAGGAAUCAGGAGGAGGGACCAAUUUUGGUUCUACUGUGUUGCUGUGGUCGGCGCAAUCUUACAAAUCGGUGUCAUAAUCUACGCAGUCGUCACUGUUUAUAUUGUGCCUGGAAGUUUCAAAGUGGACGGGAAAGCUGUUCCCAAGUAUGCAUUCCCACUGUAUAUUAUUGGUACAGUGUUCUUGUUCAUGGGGAUGAUGAACAGUGCCAUACUAAUAGGAAGAUCGUCGCACAACUACACACUCGUACCGAACAAACCAAGCAAGGUAUACUGGUUGCAACCCGGCAAUCAGGUCGUCGGGGACCAAGUGUUCAAUGCCUUUUUGGCCGUCAACGCAGAGCCUCUGGACUCCAUGAGCUAUAUCAAGUCUAGGAGAGGCCGGCUGGGGAAGAACCAAAGUAUAGAGACUUACGCGACUAUAUCUCUUACCAUGGUUGGGUUUAUCUUCCAGUUUAUCGGGGAGAGAGGGCUGCAUAGCUCAGUGAUCCUUGCCCAGCUAGGAUCCACGUUUAUAAUGGCAAUCUUGAGAACUUGUCUUCGAACCCAGAGAAUGAACGAGGACCAGAACGAAAUUCUCGCAGAAAGAGAGCUGGCUUCAUACAAGCAACAGGAACUGGACGCGUUUGCCCUUUUCCUGACCGAGGUUGAGACUUUUAGUCCGAUAUUUACGCCUGUUCCUCAGACCCCGCCAGGUGGAAACCCAUCACGCACUGAAAAGCAUCUCAUUCAACGAGUGAUAGAUACACGGAAGCGCAUUGCCGAUCUCACCACCUGCUCCAAGGAUGGGUCAAGUGUUUCCUGGGAUGAAUUUCCAAUUCGCAUGACAGCUCAAAAAUUGGCGAAAGCCAUCGAGCGUACAAUGGAUCUGUUGAAUUUGUGGGGAGCAAAGUUCGACAAGUCAUUCCACUUUGAGCUUACCUUCGACUGCACUUCCAGUUCUCCCAAAGUACAAUACCCAGGCCAAGGUACUUACAAGGUUGAACUUUCGAAACGCGGCGACGCGCUCCGAUGGCAUCUCGAUGCGAACGAGCUAGAGGCUAUUUUAGGUCUUUGGAUUUGGUCUCUUAACAAAGAGGAUGAGAUCUGGCAGACCAAAAGGCCUCUUAUGCGAGUGGUUGGCUCCGAUGAAACCGCAUCCGAUAUUGGAGAGGCUUAUUUGUGUUUCCAAAAAUGGAUAUUCCGACAAACUGAACCGGAAAUCAUCUCAUCAGACGCCAUUGAUACAAAGAGGAGAAGAUUUGGUUACAAGUCUGAUGUUCAGUCUCAAGACGAAAUCCUUGCAAUGGCAACAGAAAACGAGAUGGAGGUUAUGGCGGCGCAAGAUAUCUAUGCAGUAUUCUUGAAGGCUGCAGUUCGUCAUCUUGACUCGCUCAGUGGCGAGGUGGAUGUGGCUCCUGGGCUUUUUAACUCAUGGGUUAUCACUCACGACAAGAUAGAUGCCCUAGUGCAUUGCUUUGAAGAAAGCCAACUGGGGACGAGAGAGGACGCACUCCUAUGCCUCAUCUUCAUUCUCAAAUCAAGUGGGAUGCUGCCAUAUUUAGCAUCUGACAGCAAGGAAAUCCGAAAGCGAACCGAGCUUCUGAUACAAGGUGGACAUUGGAAGGCAGCGUUUUCUUUGCAUCGCUGGUUGUGUGAGCGGACAGAGGGGGUGGAAUUUGAGAGGUCUGUGUAUAACCUUGGGAAUCUGUGCCGCCGUGCGUUGCUUGAAACAGAGGGUUCUGUUCAGGAUGAGGGCUUUGAACAGCUGUGCCAGUUGUUAGAGGGCGACAUUCGGCUCCCCUUCUUUCAGGCUAACCAGCAAUCAAAGUUGUAUCAGUGGCUCCUGUCAUCGGAUCGAUCGGAUUGGUGGCAAGGAUUCUCUAGGCAGCUUAGCUGGGUUGCAUGGUCAAUUUCACUGAAACUUCCCAAAAUGGAAAGAAUACAAGCAAAGCUCAGCGCCUCCAGUUCUCCGAGAUAUUCCAGUCUCUUCUCAAGUUCCACACUUGGUGAGGAAACAACGCAAAAGGGUAUUCGAACUGCACAAGACUGGCUUGGCUGUCGAAGAAUGGAUUACCAGCGAAUAGAAGGUGAAGAUUUUCAUAGCGAGCGUAAAGCUGCUAUGUUGUGGGCACUGCAUGGAUCGCAUUUUGCUUUGUUAUACUGGCUGAUUCUUAUCUGGAUUGACCUUCGCGAUGAGUAUUCUCAUCUAAUGACAAACGUCUGGCACUUCCUGGUGAGAAAUCAGUCAACCUGGAUGCUCGAUGUUCUAAGCAGGCAAGGGAUAGGUAUCAAUUCAGUGAGUAAUGAAGGCCGAUUUGGUUUGCUCUACGCGGUGUUCGAUGAGCCACCCUGUCCAGAUGGCGUCCGAUUUUUACUGGAACAUGGAGCGAAUCCUGAUGGCAAUGAUGAAGUCCCCGACAGGCGACCAUUGCUAUACACAUCUGCAGAAGGCCUCGAAGAACUCACAAGAAUUUUGCUAGACUAUGGGGCAAACGUCGACCAAACAAAUAGGGCUGGCCUGACUGCGCUUUUCUGCGCAUGCGAUAGCAAGCAUAUAAAAAUAGCGCGUCUAUUGCUCUCUCGAGGUGCCACUAUCAGUUUUGCACCAUACGAUGAGAGGUCACCCCUUGCGGUAGCUAUUUCCGGUAGAAAUGCCGAGAUGGUCCAGCUUUUGCUCGAGUUUGGUUGUGACGUGAACUUCCAAGGGGAUUACGAGCGCAACCCCCUUGUCGUCGCGGUGACAGUUGGAUUCAAUUCUAUCAUACCGCUUCUUCUAAGCAAAGGAUGCGAUGCAACGAUCCGCGGCUUCGAUGGAAAAUCCAUCGCGGAGUUUGCGGAGGAAAUUGGAAACUUCGAAGCAGCAUCGAUUUUGAGACGCGGCAUUCUGCCCGAGGCGCCAGACUAA